AGCGGAGAAGGAGGAAAAAUGUCGCUGGCGUCGAUACGGACCGUUCUAGGAUCAGUGGCCUUUUAGGAAAACUCUGACGGCAGGUUUGAAUGAAUCCUCUGCUGUGAUGUUUCCAUGAAGGAUAACACGCUUCCUGAUACUGCACAGAAAGUGGGAACGCUCUAACAGUUUUCAAAGUGGGAGGUUUAUCUGGACUGUAGGGGAGAGUCAGUUUAUGUUUCCUUGUUGUCUAGUCAGCUUCAGCCAUAACAAUUUAAGAACAGAGGAGGAUACUGUAACACUACAUGGGCCUCUAAGGUGACCUGAUCUGAUCAUUAAGCCUCUGGAGCCUCCUCCCUCAGCUAGAAAGGUCACAUUUCAGCAAAGACAUGGACCCAAAUACUCGGGUGGUGGGCCUGGACGCCCAGGGGAACAUGGUUUUCACCGUGGUCAAACCCGUAAUGGGCAUCUUCCAGGUGGCUUCAGAACAAACUGGCAAUGUGGCACAUGGCAGCAUGGGGCUCCAGGGUUUAUCUGAAAACACAUUAAUUCUCCCUCAAAUACAAGGCCAGCUUGACCAGAACCAGAUGGAAAUGCACCAUUUACAGCCUCAUAUCCAAGAUGCCCCAGAUGCAGGUUUCUGCCCCCGAGCAGACAGAGGUUGUGCCCCAGAAUCAGGACCCGCCUCCCAAACUCAAGCACAAAUCCAGAUCUGCAACCCACAUGCCUUUUGCUGAGGUGUCGUCACUUCUGGAUCCCAACAUGAAAGGAUCUAAGGCUCGGAAAUAUCUAAUCUCGUAUGAUGAAAUCAAGCGGACGCUGCAGGCCCCGGAGAAGAUGUCGCUGCGCUCCCUGGCAGCGUACACUCGGGUCAGCAGAGGCCCGGCCAGCAAGAAAACUCUGCUGGAGUCACUGAAUGUUCUCGGCCUCACACCAAGCACAACUACCUCUGUUUCUUCCUCUUUCUCCAAACUCACUGAAGGCGACACCCGAGCAUUGUGUGACGAUAUGAAGGACUUUGCCCAUGACUACAUCGACUACAGCAACAUGGCUAAACAACUCAUCCCUGAGACCAACACAGUUCAACACUGGUCCAAAAUAAUUGAAACUAAGAACCACCUGGAGGACAUGAGGAAGUGCUUCAUGGACCCGGUGAACAGCGGUGCGUUUGAUAACGUCACUCACGGCCUGGGGUCUGGUAUGUUGGACGCAGCCCUGGACAUGGUCAUUAUGGUUAUCGAGCAGAAGAUCCGGAUCCUGUCCGGCGCAGCGGCAUCAGACCCGGCUGACUCCGCUCCGCCAAUGCGCCGUAUCCGCAGGCGCCACCGAAAAUCCCCGCUCGAAUGACAUUGAGUCCCCUCACAAGGCGUCUGCUGGGGUCAACGAGAAAGGGAAGGUCAUUUCGAAGGGCAAGGCUCGAGGCAAGCCAGGAAGAAGAUAAGUCAGGAGAGUGCAGCUGUUGUUCUGAUGGAAACCCAAACAGAGCAGUGCCAGCCGGAUGAUGCGCAGGGUAAUGUCCUCACUCUGGUGUCUGUUGGAUAUGAGACUGUCUCCAGUGGGCUCAAUACAACAGGGAUAGUUGGACACAAUGUCACAUGACCAGUCCAAAGAACCAAUUAUAGUCCCAUUCAAAGGGAUGAAACACAGGCUCUGCACACUCUGUGAAAAGAGAUCACAGCUAUGGCGGGCUCAGCAUCAACGUAUUAUGUUACAUCUUGAAAAAGACUAAAGGAAUAGUUGGAUGUUUUUGGAAAUGCUCUAGCUUUCCUGCAGAGCGUUAGAUAAGAAGAUUUCUACCACUUUCUUGUCAGUCCGUAUUAUUAUUAUAUAAUAUGUAGCUGGGAACAGCAUGUGGUUAUUUUUACAUAAAGGCUGGAAACAGGUCAAAACAGUUAGUGUCUGACCAAAAAUAACAAAAUCCACCUGCCAGCAACUGGAAGUCCACCCAAUUAACACCUGACAUCUAAUUAGUUAGAACCACACAAUAACAUCUGAAGUGUAAGUAGUGGUUUUUACGGUUUGGUAUUGUGUUUUCUACACUUUUUUUUUGUACAGAAUAAGUCAUGUUCAGUGAGCCUUAGAAGUUCAGAUUUAAUUUAAUUUGGACAAAGCUAGGCUAUCUGUUUCCACUCUUCAUGCUCAGCUAAGAUAACGAGCUGCUACUAUGUAUUGAAUUUACAUAAAUGAAUGUGGUUUCGAUCUUCUGGUCUAACUCUUGGUCAGGGCCAGACUGGGAUAAUAAUUCAAGCAAGGACCUUGUACUUGAAAUGUAUUUUUCUGGGUACUGUUUAUGCCAGUCAAAUAUCUUUUUGUUUUUAUUUUGCUACUAAAGAAAAAUCUGCCAAAAAAACCCAACAAGGAUAAAAACGUCUUCAGUUUAAAAUAUUCAACUGCACUUCAAUAAUCAAUGCAUCAGGAAUAAUUAGUUGAUUUUUGAGCAUUCUUGGAGUGUUUAUUUGACACCAGGCAUUUCCCUAGAGCUCUGAUUGGACCUUCGUUGACGUCAUGAAACUCUGGUAGAUCUGUGUUAACGGAGGCCCUACAUAGCAUUGAUGUGUGGAAGCCAUGUAUGAAUUCAAACAGAAUCAACUUGGGAGUGGAGUUAGGAUAUUAUAGUGUGCUAUACCAUCCCUGGUAGCAUGUGUUUUUUAAUACUCUCUUACUAUUACAUUGAACACUAAUCCUGUCCCUUGCUUAUGAGCAAUUGUGCAGUAUUAAGCGGUAUUUCUCUUUCAUAUUUUAUUUUCAUUUAGAAAUGCUAAAUGAAAUGGGUAAAUCAAUAGCACAUUUCCCUAAAUGCCGAACCAUCCCUUUAAGUGAAUCCUCUGUUUCUUUAGUAGCAGGUUUCAUAUAUGUGUAGUCUAACUGAAUGCAGUUGCAUAUCAUUUUGUUAACUAUGUUUUCAGUGAGAAAAAAAUACAGAUGUUUGUAGACAUGUUGAACACUGAGGACCCUGCCUGUGCUCAGGUGUGCCGCUCAUGAUUUAGAACAGAUAGUAUCAGAGGUCUGGAUUGUAUUUUCUGAUGGUGGUACAAUGUCUCCUGUGUCCCUGUUGUAUUUAUUGGUUACAUUUCCAAUUGAAAAUAUUUUUGUUCUGUACUAGAUUGUUGAUAAAACCUUUGUUUUGACUGGAAUCUCAGGAUUUGAGUAAAAUAUAAAGAUUGGAUUUUUAUAACAAA